AUGUCCGUGCGCGCGACCAAGGGCCAGCACACCAAGGCCUUCGACGACCAACCGAUCGAGCCUCCCAAGAAGCGAGGGAGGAAGAAGAAGCAGGAGGAGGAGCCCGAGGAGGAGAUUAUCCGUUGCGUCUGCGGCGCGACCGAACAGGACGGCGACUCUGAAGAGCCCUGGAUCGCAUGCGACAAAUGCACUGCGUGGCAGCACAAUGUUUGCAUGGGUAUGAGUGUCUUCACGGAAGACCUCCCUAAGAACUACUACUGCGAGCAAUGCGCUCCACAAGAUCACAAGGAGCUCCUGGCUGCCAUGUCCAAGGGCGAGCGCCCCUGGGAGGCCCGCCGCAAGGCCUACGAGGACGAACAGAACGAGAAGAAGAAGAAAAAGAAGAAGGGCGGCAGGGCUGGCAAGCGUGCCAGCGAUCCCAAGGAGGACUUGUCGCAGGACGCCAGGAGUAACAAGGCAGAAGACUCUCCCGCUCCGUCGGAGACCAAGGAGAAGAAGGACAAGAAGGACGGCGCAGCGAAGCCGUCCACCGGCAAGCGGAAGGUUCGCGACGAAGAGAAGGAUUCAAAGGUUGGUUACUACUCGUCGAGACCGCUAGGCCGAUGUGCUGACUUGGUACUAUCACAGGCUUCCAACCAGAAGAUGCGCAAGCUUUCCGAACCCGAGGCUGCAAUCGUCAACUAUACCCCGCCGGCAGACCUGACUGCCAAGAUUACAGACCUCCCGGACGAUCGCAAGGGCUCUGCGCAACUGCUUCAGAAGGCCCUUGUCGGCGUCCUUACCGCUGCCGUCAAGGACAAGAGUGUGACGCUGCCCAAAGACGUCACUGUCGCGGCCAAGGCUGAGCGCCUGGCUCUCGAGAUCGAACGUGCGGUCCAUGAUACUCACGCCGACCGUAGCCACUACGCUCAGCAGGCCAGGGCACUGUACGCCAACAUCAAGAUCAAUGCCGACUUGACCAAGCGUCUUUUGAAGCGCACCUUGUCUCCGCCUAUGCUGGCCACCAUGAGCGCCGACGAACUGGCUACCAAGGAGAGGCAAGAUGCGAAUGCGCAGUUGAAGGCCAUCUCCGAGAAGCAGUCCAUUCUGAUCACGGAAGAGGGACCUAGAGUGCGCAGGACACACAAGGGCGAAGAGGUUGUCGAGAACGAAUCCUUUCAACAAUCUGACGAUGCUCGCUCAUUUAUCAGGAGGCCUAGCGCCCGAGAUGGUGAGGCAAAGACAGAUGGGGAGGCGGACCCUCAUAGCGGGCUGCAAAUUGACACGCACGGCGCUCGGCACUCGCCCAAGCAUCCCGACUUUGACAUCAACAAGGUCUUUUCGAGCGUCAAGUCUCCCACCGGAGGCCAUAUCCGCCGGCCCUCGGCGCCGCUCCACGGACCCGGCGUUGACCCCGAUGUUGACAGACUUCUCCAGGAAGAGACGGAUUCUCCGCCAUACUCACCCACGGACGAGACAGACCCGGAUGUGGUAUGGCGAGGUCACGUUGUCAUGAGCUCAAUCACCGAUUUUCCCGCAGCGGCCAAGUUCGUCGCGGGAGCGAACCUGGCGAGCACCAUUGGUCUGCCAUGGACGAGUCUGAUCCCCAGGAGGUUGACGGUAGCCGGACGCAUAGAUGAGCAGAAGGCGAUAGAGUACCUCUGCGGUCUACGUUACGCCGACCAGACCGACAUAGUGGUCGUGGCAUUGUCGCCAGCUUCUGAGGCGUCCCGGGGCGACUUUCAGCAGCUCUUCAAUUACUUUGUAGGCAAGAAGCGAUACGCAGUCAUUGGAGAUAAGGGCCUGGCCAACGUCCGGGACACGUAUCUAGUUCCCGUUCCGCCAGGCGAGGGCAACUUGCCCGAGUUUAUGCUCAACUUUUCGGACAACGUCGUACCGCCGAAGCGGACAGAGCCGAUGCUCCUGGGCGUGUUUGUGUACAGGAACAACCCGCGACAGGCACAGCCAGUUAGCGCGACUAGGUCGCCGGUCGCGAACUCACCCACGCCGACCCAAGCUGGUUUCCCGGCGAGGCAUCCUUCGAUAUCUGGCCCGGCCUUCUCGCCAACUGUUCCGCAAGGACCGUUCGCACAACCUGGUCUUCCCGCGACCGGCCACAACGGCCACGCGCCGCAGCAUCCCACGCAGGGCGCGCAUCAAGCGGUGCCUCCGAACCAAGCGCCGGCGGGCUACACCGCGGCAAGAGGGCCGGAGGCCGAGCAAGACAGACGCCAACGUGAGGGCCAAGCCCUGGCUCAUGAGGUAUUAGGUCCCUUGGUCAAUAGCAGGACUGUUCCCUUUUUGAUGCCACAUGCUCAUGCAAUGACCCGGACAGAGUGGGAAGUGAUCAAGGGCAUUUACGACAGAGACCCGAAAGCCAGAGAAGAUUUACAAUACUUGAGCCAGCUGCUUGAGAAACAGCAGCCUGUCAAGGCCGGUGACGCUCCUGCAGCCGCGGCGCCUCAGGGAGUUGCGCCGCCAGCAUGA